AUGUUGAGCCGCCAUCUCCCUGAAGACGUGGUGACUGAAAUUUUGUCGACGCUGCCGGUAAAAUCGUUGAUGCGAUUUAAAUCUGUGAGUAAAGCCUGGUAUGCUCUCAUCAGAAACCCUCAUUUCAUCGCAAAGCACCACAAUUUCGCCAUUUCUGAUCACAAUCGCAAUCACUGCCGUCGAGUCAUCCUUGAGCGUCGCCGAGCAACAUUAGAUACCCCAUGUUUCUCCAUGCACUCUCACGACACCCUGGAGUUUUCCGGCGACAUACAUCUCAUCCCACAAUUGUUCUCAGAAGAUAUUAACCCAGUACUUUUCAUCGGUUCCUGUAAUGGAAUAGUUUGUGCUGUUGGUAUUUCUGUAGAGCGUUUUCAUCGUGGUCCUGAUCCAGACCGGGCUUGGGAGAUAGGGCUUUGGAAUCCUGCAACCAGAGAAUCUAAGAGGCUUCCGUUUAAUUUUGGCUUUGGCAUUGAUCUCAACACCAAUGACUUCAAGGUGGUUAAAAUCACGUGCUUCCAUUCUCCGCGGCAUUACCAAGUUGAGUUAUACAACCUUACUACUGAUUCUUGGAGAGUGAUUGAUGCAUCCCUCAACUCAGCCUAUUUUAUUUGUAGAUCUAUUUUUCCUUCAUACUUAAAUGGAUUCUGUUAUUGGUUGAUUAUUCCUCCGCGUUGCGACAGGGAGCAUAAUUUAUUGCUUUCCUUUGAUAUGAGCAAUGAGAUGUUCCGGGAAACAAUGUUGCCUGAUAAUGCAAGAUCUCUUGUUGACAUUGCCAUUAUCAAUGACUCUGUAGCUGUGAUGUUUCCUACAUAUAGUAAUAGUAGAAGGAAUGACGUUGGAAUAUCAUUGGAGUAUGAAAUAUGGGUGAUGAACGAGUCUAUUGUGGAAUGUUCUUGGACUAAACUAUUUACGAUUGCAGUACCCAGCCGUCCUUUACAAUUUCGGGACGAUGGUUUGAUUGUGCUUAACGGCGGCCAUUGUGUUUCAGAUAAAUGUUUGGUAUUGUUUGAUCCAAGAACAGGAGAACUUAAGAAUCUUCCAAUAUAUGGCCAAGGCUCGGAAAUGUUUGAUCUGGUGAGUUACGAAGAGAGCCUAGUUUUAAUUAAUGGAUGGAGGAAUGUGCUUGAGCAACAAGACACUUGAUGAUUAUGAUAUUGUUAUCACAGAUUUGGACUAUUAUU